CAGUUUGCAAAAGAAGAUGUAACUAAUAUCAAAGACAAACUUAUUAAGACCGGAAGUUCUAAAGACAUGGAAUUUAACAUAAAACGUUCCGAAUUUACGAAAAAGUUUAUUAAGAUGUACGGUGAAAAAUCUAAACUCGCAAUUGUUUCGUCACGGGCACUAGUAAAAUUACUAACUAUAGAUUCUGACGACCAAUAUUUUGUUUCCGACGAUGUCCUGUUCACAAAAAACUACGCAUUUGCCAUGAGAAAGAAAUUUUCGUACAAAAGUAAAAUCAAUGCUUUAAUGAGAAGAUUACUUGAAACUGGAAUCAUUCUUAAAAUAACUGGAGGAACACAUUUCGAACGGAAACCAACACCGCAUACUGAUCCGAAAUCUUUGUCUAUAGAACAUCUGUUUGGCGCAUUUGCUCUGCUUUUCGCAGGAUAUACCUUAUCGUUGUUUUGUUUUCUAGCCGAAAUUUUUGUUGGGAAAACCUGGAAUCGUAAAUCUCUUUUACAGAAGUAAUAAUUGUAAUAAGUACA